UUGUCACUACCGACCCAUGUCUCACAACCAAAAGGGACCGAUAUUCACAAAAGAAACCAGCAACAAGCAAAGAGGCGACCCUCUAAUAACUGUGAAGAGUAGCAGUCACAAAAAGCAUCGCGCUCAGAACUGUUCAUAACGUGCCGCACGAGUAGAAACACGCCACAGUAUUGUCUCAAGAAGUAAAACAGUCAGUUAUUACGGUAAUGUUUUUCAUUUUAUCUUCGAGUUUAAAAUUGUUGCAGCGUUUCCAUAAUAGGAAUUAUAAACCAAUAACAGUUGUGCAUAUAACUUUACCGAUUCGGCUUAAGGUUCAAUAACGGAACUUAUAAAAUGCGACAUUAAUGUCAUGUGAUAUUUACAUUUGACGGACUGGUCAAAAAAUUUAUUUAUUUUUACUAUACUCUAGUUUUUAAUAUUUUUUUUUAUGUGUGAUCAAAUUACUGUUUAUUUUAUUUUUAUUUAAAAGUUAUUUUUAUACUUGAAAAUAAAGCAUAUUAUAUGUAUGCCUGUAAAAGUUUGUUUAUUCUAGUAUUUCAUUUAGAAUUAUAUAACUUCGCUGAUUUUCGUAAUUUCAUCAUAGUCUGUAUUCUUAUGACCAUUAGCAGCCUAACUUAUGUCUGAAAAAACGCCUAUACUUUGAUGUCUAAUUUUAUAUCAAAAAGUUCUAAUGUUAUUCACGUAUUAGCAAUGUGGUCUUCCUGUGUGCUGGCCACACGUAGAUGCUGUACCAUUUACUAUCGAUCUGUGCUGAGAUCAAACUUACAGAGGUCUUAACUGUUCUGAAAUUUAACUUUUACCAAAAGGUGAACUCAUCUCAAGUCUUCUUAUCAUAGUUUAUACUGUGCACACAUUUAACUUUUUGGAGUGUGUACUAUGCUGAAAUCUAACUGAUCAGAAAGUUCAAUGUAAUAAGAUCUUUCUUAAGAAAAGGUGAGUUGAUCCCAAAAGUCAAAAAUUAUAUUUAGUAAACUGAUACACAUUAUCAUAAAAUCCUAUACUCAAUUUUAUGAAGUUAUUUCGCCAUACACCCAACAUAACUGGCCUGCCAUAUGCAUUAUCACCACAUACCAGAGCUAAAAUUGAACUCAUUAUACAUUUAUUUAUGACACAGAACUCAAAAUUGUAUUAAACCAUUCUUAGGUGAAUAAAGCUAUGUUCUAUAGCUGCUCGAAUAUCUAAUAAUUAAAGUGUGACUAAAUCUUGACCUCCCAUCAAAAGAAAAACCCCAGAUUCCCCCUCCCCCCCCCACACACACACACACAAAUUUAUGAUCAUGUAAAAUAAAGUAAGAUAAGGUAAUAUAAGAUAAGAUAUUUUAUGAAACAAAAAAAAUGAAUAAAGCUAUGUUCUAUAGCUGCUCGAAUAUCUAAUAAUUAAAGUGUGACUAAAUCUUGACCUCCCAUCAAAAGAAAAACCCCCGAUUCCCCCUCCCCCCCCCCACACACACACACACAAAUUUAUGAUCAUGUAGAAUAAAGUAAGAUAAGGUAAUAUAAGAUAAGAUAUUUUAUGAUCCAAAGAAAUGGAAAUUAGUAUUUUUUUCAUUCACAUUAAACAUAUCUUUUUCAGAUUUGACGAUACUUGUUUGAGUUUAUCGUUUUUCAUUAAAAUUAGUCUGUAGCAAAACUUUCGACCAAUAAUUGAAUGGUAUGUAUAACUUUUGAGUUCUUGAUUACUGAGUGGUAAUUUUGAACAGAAUCUUGGCUUUUUUCUUUGAAAGGAGUUCUCUUGUAUUUUUCCAAGAUCAUGUGCAAGUAUUUGUGUCUGUAGCCAAUGCGGAUAGUUGUUUUGAACUUGCCAUUAGUUUAAUAAGUAAUGGUCGUUAAAUAUUAGUUGAUAAUAUCUAGAAGAAACGAUACACAAUUUUUUUAAAAUUUAUUUCUGGAGACUCCCGAGCCCUACGUAUUUUUAUUUGGCGUUUAAAAAGGGGGUACAAUAAACAUAUAAAUAUAUAAAAUAUCAACAUAAUAUAUUACACUUUUAACCGAUACAUUUUACAAGUUACGACUCAUUUUUUAACAAAAAUUUCUUUAUUUUCAUCUUCAAAUUUAAAUUAGUUCCCAAAUAUCCUCUAACAUAUUUAAAAAAAAAACCAAAUGGGAUUAUUUUAAUAUUAAAACUUUCAGACAUCUAUUAAAUCUUAAUAUGGUUCUACAAAAAUAAAUCUUUAUUUUCAGUCUCGUGUUUUGGUUCUUUGGCGUUACGGUCAGCGCAGCUCAUUCUUAUAUAGUGUAUUGAAAUAAUCGAAUGUUUCUCUCAUAGCAUUUUGGUUACAUUGUGUUUAAAGGCAAUAACCCUUUUUUAAAAAUCGGACUCAUGUCUGAAUGGUCGUACGUCCCCGCGCAUGAACGCUCCGUGGUGUGUCCAUCUUAUGAUUGUUUUCUUUUAACGUUCUGAUGUGAAAGUUAAGUCUCGGUCUAUUCCGACAGAAUACAAAAAUAACACAAAAAUUACCGACGAGUGAAACCUUUUCACAUCCCAAACACUUUUCUUGGACCAUUCGGGUCUCCGGAUUCAGGCAUUUCCUAUGGUCUGAAAUGCUUUUAUUCCACCCCGCAUAAUCUCAAGUACACUUCUAUCAAAAAUCACUUUGCAAAUUUACUGAUAUCUCAUUACAUAUGACCAACAACAUCGCAUUGCUACAAAUAAGUAUUUAUUUUGUUAAAAAACUUAGACUUGUUUAGUGUGGUUACACUUAACGAUGUUAUAUAUUUGUAUUUGUUUUUGUUUUUUUCUUCAGUUUGAAAUCUAGAAAAAGAUUAACUAACCCAAGUCUGAGCGCUUAAGAAAGUUUUCAUUCAACUGUUGUUGGGUUUUAGUGAUUUAAUCUCGAGUGUUGUUUUAAAGAUAACAAAGUUUACAAUGAGUAAAAACGAUAUCAAAGAGCUGAAAGAUUGGGACUGCAAAAAAAAUCCUAAACACGAAUGUUUUUUCAAAAUCGAUGAGUUUUCUAAUUCAUUUCUCCCUGAGCCUUACAGUCAAGAAGAUAAAUUCAAUGCCCUUGUCAAAUCUCUUGGUGAUAUUGUAGUAAAGAUAGCCGUGAGUGAAGUAAGUGCAGCACGACCACCUGUGGAAGAAGAUGAGCAUGAACUUGAUGGCGGGAGUGGAUACGUUACAUUUGCAAAGCUUACUGACUUCAAAACAGAAAAUUGUCCAUGUGAUUUAUGUAAAGAGAAACCAGUUGCUGUGUGGGGGGAAAUUACCGUUAGAUCUGUCGCGCAUGUUGUGUGGGACGAUGUUGAAGCCCGAAGUGCUAAAUGCAUAUUAGAUUUCAAUACUUCACAAAGUAUAGAGCUACCGGGGUAUAAAGUGUACGGUCACAACAAAGACGAUGACCUUACUGCAAUAAAAUGCUAUACACAUGACUUAAAACUUACUGAGGAACUUAAAAAUAAGAUUAAAAUGUUUGGUAGCUUGCAGGAGCAGCUGUAUUGGCUGUAUAAAUAUGUGCCCGAACGUAAUCUUGCUCUGAUUGUGUCUCACCCACAUGGGUGUUCCAAGCACGUUUCAUGUGGACGCAUCACCUCAAUUGAGGAGGAUGAAAUGACCAAUGAUGAAAAAAUUUUCUACAGGCUUCACUACGACUGCCCUACUUGCCCGGGAUGCAGCGGGGCACCGGUUUACUCGUUAAUGAGAAAAAGCAUAUGGAUAUUGCCCCCACAUAAGUUUGCCAAUCCACUUAAUGAUAAAAACGGAGGAAGCUCUUUAGUGUGGAAAAGGAGGCAAAAUCAAGUGCUCCCUAUCGAUGUGGUUACUAAUGAGGAGCUGACUGACGAAGGGGCAACGAUGAAAAGCCAUCUAAUAUAAAUCGUAAUUGUAAGGGGCUAAAUAGUCAAGGACUACCUAAUGCAGUGCUAUCAAAUCUAACACCUAAGAAGAGCUAAUGAAAAGAUAUAUAUUCAAGAGUACCAAGAGUAAAUACAGCAAGUGUUACUUUUGCAACAAACACACAUUAAGUUGACACAUAUUUAUACAUUUAUUUUAUGAUGUCUACAUUUUUAUUUAUUUAUUUAUCUUUAUUGUUUUAUUGAAAUACGUUUUAACUGUAACUUGAUUAUGUUUACUCUUUAUUUUCAAUGUAUAUAAAUGCGUUACAUUUGUACGAGGAUUAAUCAAAGGAUAUUGAGCGGUAACUUAAUGUCAACAACUUAAGCGUAAACAAAACCAUUUGCUUUUGUUGUUUCAUUUUUGUUAACUAAGAAAAAAAAUUAAUUAAUCUAUUUCAGUAGAAAAUAUAACAUUAAAGAAUCGUUGUUUCGAUGUAGAAGCGAGAGCAUGUUGUUAGAUGGAGCCAUGUAUGCUUCCAGUCAUGAUGAGGUUUUACUGGGGGCAAUGCAAUGUGUCAGUUUAAAUUAAUAGAAUUUUAAAAUGUAUAUGUAUCUUUUUUUUAGAUCUACAGUUAUUUUAUUAAAUUACUUUUUGCAACUCGUAUAAAUAUAAAUUUUUUUAAUCAGCCAUCCAUCAAAUGAACUAAUUUUUGCUAAAAUGUGUAUGCGUAGUGCUGUGAGCCCAGCCCUUGGCUGUAAUAAAACCACUUUAAUGAUAAUACCCCCAUCAUUCCCUUUUAGAUGUAUCUAAGCGUACGUCAAAAAUAUGCAGCUUUGUUUAAGAUUACUACUUUUUUUAAAAAAAUGUAGUAUACCAGAAUUAGAUAAGACUAUGACUAGUAUCAGCAAUAUUACAGUCUAUAACAAUCAAAAUGAUGAUUUCGAAUCUACGCAAAAUUAUUAUUUUUUAAAAAAAAAACUAUUUUUUUAAAGUAAUGAAACUAUUUAAAAAGGAAAGGUUUCAAUAACUCUGUUACAUUUAGUGUCGUUGCCUCUGUUAGGGUUACUUACAUGUCCUAUGACACAACACAGUAAGUGACAUGCCCUAGGGUACAUUUAGCUGCAUGGCCUUUGUUAAAGUUAGUGCCAGAGAAUAUAUUAGUGCUAUGGCUUCUGUAACACUUUGUCACUUGUCCUCUGACACAGUAAGUGACUUGCCCUAGGUUACAGUUACGUGCACGUUCUAUGUUAAAGUUAGUGCCAUGGAAUGUGUUACAAUAAGUGCUAAGUCUUCUGUAGCACUUUGUUACUUAUCCUCUGACACAGUAAGGGACUUGCCUUAGGUUACAGUUACGUGCACGUUCUAUGUUAAAGUUAGUGCCAGGGAAUGUGUUACAAUAAGUGCUAAGUCUUCUGUAGCACUUUGCUACUUAUCCUCUGAUACAGUAAGUGACUUGCCCUAGGUUACAGUUACGUGCACGUUCUAUGUUAAAGUUAGUGCCAAGGAAUAUGUUGCAGUUUGUGCUAUGGCUUCUGUGAUAUUUAGUUACACGUCCUCGGACACAGUAAGUGAUAUGCCUGCCCUGGUUUACAGUUAAGUGCAUGCCCUAUUUUAAAGUUAGUGCCAGGUAAUUUGUUAUGUCUUUUGUAACACUUAGUUACAUGUCCUCACUUACAGUAAGUGUAGUGUAUACUUGUCUUAAGAACAAAUUCAAGUGGGACUUGUCUUCAAAGCUUUUUCUUAGAAUGAUUUUUGAAACUAUAAUUAUAGCAUGUGUGUUGACCUAGUUUUUGUUUACCCCGCGUGGUGUGGAUUCCGUGGCAUGUAUCACUAUCCCUCUACCUUUUUUAAAAAUAUUUUUUCUUAAUUUUUUAUUUUGUAUAUUUAUAUCAAAUUAAUAAUUGAGUUAAAUUGAAUAUUUUUUAUAUUACUAGCUCUGACAACGUUGUUUCUUUCUAUAUGGUUUUCAGUCCUUUGUUAAGCAUUGUUCAGCUAAUAAGCCAAAACUUAAAUCCUGUCAUAUUUUAUACAAUCUGUAUGAUUGUGCCAUGUUGUUUUGUUUUUUUUAAUUUAUAGUUUGGAAAAAAAAUAUAUAGCAAGUGUUGAAAAUAAACUCCGAAAAUGAUGUUCAAUUCCAAAUGGUAGUAUUUGAGACAUAAUGAAAAAUUGAAACACUACUCUUGGGUGAAAACAUUUUCAUUGUUAAAUAAUUGCACUGUGUACUGUUACAGCAUGCGUUGCAACACUACAUCAUGUGUGAUCCUAUUUUGGGGUCCCGAACCAUGAGCCAAUGAAUGACACUUUUUUUUUUAGUGAGACGUUGACGUGUCCUUCACUUGAAUUAUUUUACUUAUACAACUUGUCCCUUGCCUUACCUCCGGAAUAACAAUACAAGGGUUCAAGUUUGCAGACAUAAUUUUCCUAACUGUGAUUGUUUGGGCCAUAUCAGAGAAUCUGAAAAUGCUAAAUCAAGAAGUCCUAGAGUUUGUUUACGUUAAGAGUUUGACAGGGAUACAAACCAAAAGAUCAACUUAAACACACACUUACUCUGAAAAUUAAAAUAUUUUCAUGUACGGAAAAUGCGUUUCAAACAAAAAAAUUAAUUGUUGAAACAUUCGAAAUACUUCAGUUAUCCUGCACCGAAUAAAAAUAUCUUUCUCAAUCCUGUUACCGGAUAUCGGAAAAAUUAUAUAAUUUUUUUUAGAAAUGUUUUGGCGAUUGCACGUUCAUACAAGUCGAAAUGCAUAGUCAGCUCUCUGUAUUAUACGAAGCAGUCAGCGCUUAGUCUCAUCUGAUAACCUCGUGUCAAUACAUAUAUAAUCUUUAUGAGCUUAGGUUAUAGAUUUUUAUGUAUUCUUAUUUACGUUUUCAAAUGUAAUGUUUGUUGGCUCAGCAAGACAAUUUGCCCGACACACUCGUUGCAUUGUUUGUGUUGUAUUCACAAGCCUAUGCAUACUCGGCGUUGUGUGUGUGAUUAUUUGAAAUAUUGAUCGCCGGUUUCGCACAGUGGACUUCAAGCCGUAGGUCUUACUGCAAGCCUCGUCUUGCAGUGGGUUGCAAUGUACUGUUAUUUAUACUCGGAACAACUUGAGAUGUUGAUUUUAUUUUAUUUGAAUAAGCCCCAGCAGUGCUUAUAUUGAUGGGGUCCGUGUGAUUUAAAAUAACGAUAAUUCAUUUAGAUGUUUCAAAAAUCAAAGUCUAUCUUAUUUAUGUGCACCUGCAUUUUAUGAACAAAUUGCAGACAGCAUGUGGGGUCUGAGUGCUGCCUCGGUUGAUUCUUAGUUAUGCCUCGUUUGAAUUAUUAGAACUGUCUUAGGAUAGCAUGACUGCUGCCUCAGUGAAAUAUUAUUAGUGCCUUGGUAAAGUAUGGAUAUUGCCUUAGUGAAUUAUGGGUAUUGCUUAGUGAAGUAAGAUUACUACCUCUGUGAAGUCUCAGUGCUGUGUCAGUGAAAUCUGGGUCCUUGCCUAAAAGGGCUUAAAGUUUUUAUAUGGCGUAGCCCCUUUAAAAGUAAAUAACAUAUCAGUUCAGGAUAUAUAUGUAGUGUUCAUGAUAAUAUUCCUGAAUAUAGAAGCAAGGUAUAUCACAAACUUUAUUGAUACACAUUACAUCAACAAUUUGUAAGUUUUUGGAUCAUUUUCUUCCCGUGGCUCUAAACAACCCGAAAAGGAAAUUUUAUCUGUUUUACAUUCUUAAUUAUAGAAGCGUUGGAAUGUCUUCAUUUAACAAGGUUGUUAACAGAUUUAACAUAUUGAAGAAGAGAGCAGAGGAUGGACCAACAAACUUUUCUGAUGUUUUGUUGUUGGCACAAUCAUUGCCAGAAUACAUUGUUGCUCCAUCAACCUAUCCAUCCGAAGCACUUAUUAUGAAACCCAGCGCAAUUUCUACCUCUGUUUCAAAUGUCUGGUCCACUGUUUCCCUUCAUGGGGCCCAAGCCACACACUGGGACAAUUUGAUUAUUUAGAGGGGCAGUUCGAAGAAUGAGCCGUCUACCCUUUGAAAACGAACCAUCUACUAUGAUUUAACUUGUAUUUUAAAAAAAGAGCUCAAAAAGUCUCAAUUUAAAAUAAGCGUUCAUUAUAAGUGUUGUAAAACUCAAUUAAGUUUCUUUAGUGAACAAACCUAUUUUUCAAUAUAUAAAAAAGUAUGUAUAUGAUACAUGUGGGAUAAAAAUUUUAGAAAGACUUAGGUGGGCAUGGCACAAAAAGGUUGGGAAAUACUGGUCUAGUCUGUCAGAGAAAAAGGCUAAUGGCUUCAACUUCUGACUCAAGUACCAUGGGUGACGACUAGUUUCACUACAUCCGAAUCUUGACAAAUCAUUUGAAGUGGACUUGUAAUUUGCAGCGAUAAUUUUGAUAUUAUUUAAUCGAAUCGAACAUUAGAAGUAUCUAGACAUGUCACCAGAAUUAUCUGGACAUUUGAUCAGAUGUCUCUGGACAUUUCAUUGGAGGAAUUUCGACAUGUCAUCAGAAGUAUAAGUACGUGUCAUCAGAAGAAUUUGGACAUGUCAUCAUAAGUAUCUGGACAAGUCAUGAGAAGUAUCUGGACAUGUCAUCAGAAGUUUCAGGACACGUCAUCAGAAAUCUGAAAAUGUCAUCCAGUGCUUAACACAUAAUAACUAAACUCAGAGGCUGAAUUCUUGACAAGUCUUCUUCUCCUUGUCAGCCAGUUGCAACUGGUCUCGAAACGUGUAGCUGUUCAGCUCAUAGAGCAGCUUUGACAUCCAACGGCCGAGGUGGUAGGCACCAGGAGCGCGAAAUCUAAUACCAGUUGGAGGUUCUUUUCCUAAGAAAAUAAGUGUAAGCUCCAAAAGCUCAAGACAAUCAUCUCGUGGUAGAGUUUCGGGCGCGUUUUUUACAGCACUCCUAGUACAAGCUCAAUUUGCUUCAUUUUUAAGCACCAACAGAUCUCCAUUAAAAAAUUAGCCAGACGCCGUCACAAGUUUCAUACUUUGACUUGUCGCUUAAAAAUCAAUCCAUUGGGACCUGAUGUUGAAUGUUUUGAAUAUAUCUCCUCAAAAUAAUUUCUAUAAUUUUAUAUGAGCGUGGAAACCGUGGUAGCAUCUUGUUCUGGUUAUUUAGUAAAAAAUGUAAGCACCAUGCAGCCGUCCUGUAUUGGCAGAUGUUUGUUUGAAAUGAACACAACGACCACUUUAUUUUGCAGUUCCCACUGGGUGAUGGUUUUUUUUUUUUUAUAAAAGUGAUUUACAAUAUACCGUGAGACAGGUCACUUUCAUUUGCGUUAUUGCUACACAAUCAUAUUUCUCACGAAAAAUGUACACCCCAAUUACUGUUUGCCACAGCACACCAUUUUAAUUAUGAUUGCUAGGGGGAAAAACAAUUUAUUCUCAUACUAAGAAUGGCGCUAAUCUUAGAGGACGGUGAGGCAUUACUAAGUGAAUUGCAAUUCAUUUUGCAGCACUUCUACAUGAAAAGGAAACAAAAUGGAAACUGAAGUUCGUUUGAAUUAUUGUCAAUCUUUCACUCUAUAUUGUGAGCUCUGGCCAGGGAAAGGUAGUGUGGAGGGGAUGGUCAACCCAGGACAGAAUUUCCUUCAAUAUAUCCAGGGGCGGCAUCUUCAGCCAAAUACAGAGUUUUUUUUUUUGUUGUUGUGAUGGAACGGCAAAAAAAAUAUAUAUAUAUACAAUGGCCGUCUCGGGGUUGAACUAAACUUAGCAAUGUCACUGGCUGUGAGCCACCUUGUUAUUCAUGGGUUAUACUCAAACAUUAAGUCCUGAAGACGAUGCAACCAAAAGAAUAAUAAAAAAUGGGGGCUGAAUUUUUUUGCCAAGCCUAUUUAAAAAAAAAGAAAUUAAUGAUAUUAUUUUUUUUUUUUUCAUUAUCUUUUUUUUUUUUUAAAGAACUGGCCCGAAAGUCGACGUGAAGAAAAGUCUGAGGUCAAGGACAACGCAGUUACUGUCAAUGUGGGGAAUGUUUGGUGGACUACCAACAAAAUUUUUUAAAAAAGUAAGCUGAAAAAAUAUAGGUUUAAAAUAAUUUUAUGAAUUAUUACAUUUAAAAUUAUUUUACGAAUUUAUAAUUAAGUGGUUGCACGUGUAAUUGUUGUGACACGAACUGACCGUCUGUUCGACAGAUGCUGAAUUGGUCGUUUGUCUGACAGAAGCCUACCUGACCAUUUGUCUAACAGACGCCUAACUGGUCAUCUGUCGAACAGAGGCCGAAGUGAAAUGAACGUUUGCCUAACAGCUGCCCAAAUGCAUAACUAUUCAAAUUAAAGCACUGUAUAAAUAUAUAUAAUAGCUACACAUGAAGUUCUAAGCAUCAGGAAAUGUUUGAAAAUGUUAACUUUAAGUUCAUUGUAUAAACAUUCACUUCACACCCUUCUCAUUUUCCCUAAUGGGAUAGAAGGUAAAUGUAUCCUCUUACAAUGAUAAUGAAUUAACCCUCAUGAAUAGUGACGGAUGAAAAAAAAAAAGAUAAUUGACACAGAAUGUAAAUAAUAACUACUAAUCAAAUUUAGUGUCGUUGUUAACAGUUGCAGUUUUUAUUUGAUGACGUAAUGCUGUAGUCAUGUAAUAUGUUUGGUCACACCAACCCCCAACAACCCACCUCCAUUUUGAUUUUUUUUAAAAUCAAAUUCCACGUCAGCAAUGGUAACACAUUUCUAAAUUGUUUUAGGUAUACGAAUUCGUGAGGAUCACAAAUAGUGAGGAUCCCUUUAAAGGUAAAUAGAAUGGAAUAACACAAUUAUUAAAUUAGAAUAAAUAAAUAAAUAAAUAAAUCUGGUUAUGUUUAAUUUUUUUUUAUCUCAAAUACCAGUUAAAUUCCUAUAUACAUUAAGUACAUUUUGUUAGAAAUGAAAUUAUAUUUUACCAUCCAGUGUUUAAUCUUUAAUUCAUUUGAUGAGCUCUAACAUUUUUAAACUGAAGUAACAUUAAUGUUUUGUUGUUGUUCUUUUCCUUCUCUCCUUAAACCCUCGCCUAUAAUGUGGCAUGAAUCCUUUUCUUUUUCAAAAAGGACCAGAUGAACGGCUAAGAAAUGAGCCAUGCGAAAAGAAUCCUCGACAUAAACGUUUUCAUAGAUUUAAGCCUUUUCGGCACAUAAUAUUACCCCACCCUUAUAACCACGACAAUCAGUUUGGGCCCUUAAUUAAAGGCAUCGGAUAUCUGGUAGUAAAGGUGCAUGUAAGAAUACCGGAAACCCAUAAAAUUAGUCUCGGGUCUGGUAAGAUCGUGUUCUCAAGAGUGAAAUCCGGAACAUUAUCCCGGUGCUGUCCCUGCGAGACAUGCCAACACGAAAAGGAGAAGAGCGUGAAAGGGAAUUUAAAAAGGGAAGAUCAAAAACAAAAAACUCAAUGGGGAGAAAUACACGUAGUUACGGCGUACCAUGUCGUCGGCAGUAAUAAGGAUGUUAAAAAAACAACGUGUCUUUUAAACUAUGAUGACGAGGCACACAGCAAACCAAUUGAACUGGAUGGUUUAAAAAUCAACAGGUGGUCGAAAGACCGCGACAUGUGCGAGUUUAUUUGCAUUUCUCACGAUAUGGAUCUUGUAAAGGGCCUGAGGAAGAAAAUUUAUUUUUUGAAAGGGCGCCACGAAAAGGUUUACAGGGAUUAUAGAUAUUCAGCCGAGAGAAAUCUGUGCGUGAUCGUGUCUCAUCCACACGGAUGUGCAAAGCACGUCACGUGUGGAGAACUUUUGAAUACUGUACCUGUCCAACGAGGAGAAUUUAAUUUUACCACACUUUGUUACAACACACACACGUGUGGUGGAAGCAGUGGGGCUCCUGUUUACAGAGUCAACAAAAGAAGCGUCUGGUACCUCCAUCCUCACAGGGGGGAGAAGGACGGAGCCAGUAACUGGAGUGGUUCAGUAUAUGAAUAAAUUAUCUAAGGGGAACAACCCUUAGGUUGAGAAUAACACCGGUUGCAAUUAAUAUCAACAGCUAAUAAUAUCUUUCACGUGGGAUCGAGUGUAUUUUUUUUUUUUUGGUGAACAAUUAUUAACCCCAUCCCGACCUCAUUAGAAGAUCUUUUUUUUUUUUUAAAUUAAAAGAGGUCCCAAUGUUUUUUGAUUUUUACUGUUGGUUUCGUUGCCUGUUCAAGCUUCACAAUUUAUUGUUUAGGGGAUGAACAUCAAAGUGGGGAAAUUAUUACUUGUUUUGCAAUAAAUGACAAACUAUAACACACUGUAAUUCUUUAAAUUUAUGUUUUCUUACUUUAUCUGGAAAAAAUUUUUUUUCACUUUAUCGGAGGCUAAAAAAAUGCACCCCCCACCCCCUCCCUUUUCAAACUGAACCACCCACAUAAUCCUCAAAUCGCCCCAAAACCCGUGUGGUGUACGCCUCAAGUUAUGAAGCGCUGUGCUAAAUAAACGUACCACAUUUUGGUGGAGUUCAUUGAUUUAUUUUUCAUUUCACAUUACCCUCAAAGAAAUGGUUCAUUGCGUAUUAUUUAUUACUCGCAAAAGAGAUUUAGAAGCGUAUGUCCAUUUCUUCUUCCCUUUUAAUUAUAUUAAACACAUGACAAACACUUGAUUAGGGACAUGAGAAACCCAUAAAGAAACUCAAUGAUAAUCACAAUUAUACACAAAUGAUAAACACAACUUCUGAUACAUAUAUUUAUCUUUUUAUUAUUAUCCAUGAAUUUAAUAUACUAAAAAAAAAAUUCCUUGAUUGAAUUUAAGGAAUAAGUAGUUUAUUGUUUAAUUUAUCAAUAGAUUUGUUUAUUAGGCCUAAAUAUAAAUAUUUUUUUGUGAAAUGUUGGAUUUUUUUUUUAAAUUGGAG